AUGGCGACCUGCACAUAUAAGGCCCGUACACUUGCAUCGGAAGUGGCCAUCGAAGAUCUGAUGAUGCAAGCCAAAAUGAUUAGGAACGACGUCAUCGGACUGACCGAAACGAGGCGACGCCACCUUCUCAACGCCAUAUAUGAAACUGGGGAAAUGUUCUUAGGAAUAUGCGACAGUAGAGGAGUUGGCGUCCUCGUCAACACGAGUAUAACAAAGGACAACGACUCUUUUGAACAACUUACGACGCGAAUCGGACGUCUGCGGAUGAGAUGUGGUUCAAUGCCAACUUUAACUAUCUUUGUCGCCUACGCUUCAACAUCAAGCUACGAAGAAGAAGAAGAAGUGAAAGCUUUCCAAAUGGACGUGGAGAAGUUCUACAGAGAAGAUCAUGCUUUCCACAAAGUCAAGAUUAGUGAUUUCAACCCCAAAACUGGCCCGAGAAGAACGCAUGAGGAUCUUCACAUCGAGACCUACGGCCUACAGUGGAAUGAACAGGGGAGAGACCUUCACCAUGACGACUAA